AUGGACCGGCUCGCCCAUGCCAGUGACUUCUAUCGGGAUCUGGAAGAAGAAACCCUACCUACCUUCUCCUACAUCAACCCGGAAUGCUGCACCAUUGACUCCAUGCACCCGAAGAGCAACAUGGCGGCGGGCGAGCAGCUAAUCAAGCACGUCUACGAUGCAGUGCGGAAGUCUAAAUACUGGGACAAUGCGUAA